AUGCUGCUUCAGGUUGAAGAAUGUGAACUGUAUAUGUUUUUGAAGAAUGGUCAGCAUUAUCAAAUCCUGGAAUUUUCAAUUGAAAAUGUGCGCCAUGUAUUUUUAGUUGGUUUUGAUGAAUAUUUUAUGAUUCUAAGGAGAAAAGUAACGCCAAUGUUUCAGCAACACACCGAACUACCGAUAGCUGCAGUUUAUUUCAUUAUUCUUAUUUGUUCAUGGACGGAAAUGCGACACGAUAUUUAUACAACUUCAUUUCCUGCAAAAUGGAAAAUGUGGAAAAUAUCAUUCUUACUACCGGAAGCUUAUUUUAAUUGGUUUUUCCUUUAUGUGUUUUAG